AUGCCCUGGACCAGGACCUUUUCCCGCGUUUUCUCCUCAUCCAAACACUUUCAACUUUGCCUCUUUCAAGCCGGCGCCACAUCCUCCCUCGGCAUCUUUUACCUAGUAUUUUUCCACCGUCGAUUGACUCCCCGAGGCUUACAGUAUCGAACCCGACCGCGAGAACACGCCUUAUUUGUCGACGACCUGCUCCUCCGUGAUACAGCCAGAUCCUCCACCGUGUCGACGAACUGCGCCGGAAUCCUCCAAUUGACCAGCCGCGGCCGUCGCGCUGAAUCCCAUAUUACACCACCAAGGAGAAUAGUCACUUUUUUGUCGCGACGCGGCGUCAUUCAUCGCGAUAACACCUUCCUUCACAUCAUGCCUGCCAUCCCCACCGCCCUCCCUCCCUCGGUCGAGGAGGCCUACCGACGGAAAUGCAUCCAGCUCAAGAACCGCACGAGCGAAGUUGAAGACGCCAACGAUGCCGCACGCCUCCGCCUUGCCCGUAUCAAGCGCCAGGUCGAGAAGCUGCGAAUAGAGCGCGCCUUCUUGCUCGAACAGCUCGCGAAGCGUACCAGCGCCAACGUCGAAGAUUCUGAUGGCAGCCCCAGCCCGCCUCCUACAGACUACCAAUUCGCCAUCCCCAGUGAGUUAGCUGCUAACCCCCAGAAGCCCAAGGAUAAGCCGUUGCGCACCAAGCGAGGCCACCGAAAGUCCAUGAUGCCGGACGCCGAGGCCAAGGCGCCUGGCGGUGCCUCGUUCAACACCCAGAACGCUGGCUCGCCCACGUCCGAGAUCUUUUCGCACCCGCCCGAGAGCCAGUCCAAGGGCCCGCGCGCCAACGGCGUUUCUAAGGAAGCCAAGAAGCCCGCCGACGCCUUUGAGCUGUACUGCUCCGAGACACGACCCGCCCUCGAGGCUAAGCACAAGGACGGUGACGCCGAAGUCGACGUGGAGAGUGAGCUGGCCCGCGGCUGGAAGGAGCUGCCUGAAGCCGAUAGGGACGAGUUUCAGGCCAAGUUCGAACAGUCACAGGCUAAGAACUCUGAACCUAAGGAGACACCUGCCGCGGAUAAGAAGGAGGAGGAGAAGCCCGAAGAGACCAAGCCCGCAGCUCAAGACGAGGAUGUCGAGAUGGGCGACGACACUGAGGACCAGGAUACGCAGGCGGGUGAGAAGGCAGGAGAGUGA